UUAUUUAAACAUUAAUGCCUGACCUCGACUGAUAGCAAUCCAAUUAAUCCCCCGACAUUUCGACGAUGAUUCAUCAAUCUGUUUAAUUAUAUAAAAAACAUAUGUGGAAUUUUUCUGAAGUCUCAGCUAAAAAAAUAAAUCUCCGGUGUUUCGUAAUUAUCUUCAGAGCUGAUGACAAAUCAAACAAAACAGGUCAGUUGACGGGAAAACCCGAAGACUAAAAUGGACAAAAGUAUGUUGAAGCUUGUGGGAAGAAUCGCCUCGAUAGUCCAUCGAUUUAUCGAAUUCCUAGCGCGAUGGAUAUUCCUCACAGCAGCGGAAAUCACUGGCAAACCGGAAGUUCUCCCGCCGAUAAAUAAUAACAUAAUAAUGCACAGCACUCAAGCCCUAGCCAUGAUGAUACGCCAGAGAAAACUGAAGUGUGAGGACGUGAUGAAGGCGUACAUCGAGAGGAUCGAGGCCGUUCAACCGAUCCUGAAUUUUGUGGCGGAGGACAGGUUCAAAGGAGCCCUGGAAGAGGCGAGAAGGUGCGAUGAAUUAUUGAACUCCCCGGAUGCACCGUCUGCCGCAGAUUUAGAAAAAAGCAAACCAUUUUUUGGGAUUCCCUUCACAACGAAGGAUUGCAUCGGGGUUGCCCAGAUGAAGCAAACAGCUGGAUUAUUCUUGAGGAGAAACACCCGUUGUGAUCGAGAUGCGGAGGCAAUCGCCUCGAUGAAAAAAGCUGGUGCAAUCCUCAUCGCUACGACGAAUGUUUCAGAGCUUGCGAUGUGGUGGGAAUCGAGUAAUUUGGUAUACGGAACAACAAGAAAUCCUUACAACACCUGGCACAUCGUCGGUGGUUCCUCUGGGGGCGAGGGAUGCAUUCAGGCAGCAGCUGGUGCACCUUUUGGCAUUGGCUCUGACAUCGGCGGCUCCAUCAGGAUGCCCUGUUUCUUCAAUGGAAUAUUCGGCCACAAACCGACCAAUGGAAUUGUCUCCAAUGAUGGACAGUAUCCCAAUGCCCAAACCGAUGAGCAAAAGCAUUUACUAGCGAUUGGGCCCAUGUGUCGAUUCGCCACUGAUAUGAAACCUAUUCUCAAGAUUCUGGCUGGGAAAAAUAUUGAUAAACUCAAUCUCGAUGCUAAAGUCGAUCUUUCAAAACUCAAAUUUUACUACAUGGAAGACGAUGGCGGUCAAUUCCUGGUGUCCCAGGUCUCCAAGGACAUCAGGUCUGCGAUGGCGAAAUUCAUCUACACCCUGGAGAUCGCUCACAAGGUAAAAGCCGAGAAAAUUAAGAUAAAAAAAUUCAAGAAGGGUCUUGCUUUGUGGUUUGCCAAUAUGACGUCCCCGGAGGGUAUGGACUUCGCCUGGGAGUUAUCCGAUAGAAAAGGACGCAUCAGUAUUUGGUGGGAAUUUAUUAAGUGGCUGACACGCACUGGAUCUCACACUUUUGUAGCCAUUUUUACUGCUGCUUUCGAGGGAUUGAGCAUGAGGUUCAAUGACUCCAAGAGGGUACAGCUUCUGGAUGAGAGCAAGGACCUCAGGAGAGAGCUUUCGGAUCUUCUGGGUACAGAUGGGGUAUUUCUGUAUCCAACUCAUCCCACACCAGCUCCUUUACAUCAUGAGCCUCUGGUGAAACCCUUCAAUUUUGCUUACACUGCGGUAAUAAAUGUCCUGGGAUUUCCAGCAACUGCUUGUCCUCUGGGUAUGAGCAAUGGAUUACCAGUGGGUAUUCAGGUGAUUGCUGGCCCUUAUCAGGAUCAUCUGAGCCUAGCUGUUGCCGAGGAGAUCGAACGUGCCUUCGGUGGUUGGCAAAUACCAACUGCAUGAUAAAUAGCUAUUGCUACUCAUUCCGAACUUAUCCAUGUCUUCGUGAUAAUUUAUAUCUUGCCUGUUUGUCAUUCUCAUGAUGGAUAAUAUUUUUUUUUACCAUUUAUUUUGACAAAUUUACCGAGAAUUUCUAUUUCUAAACCAUUGUUAAAGUGUUUAUAAAAUUUAUACUGUUUGUUGUGUGAAAUGUCAAUUUUUUCAUGUGAAAAUACAAUUUUUGUAUUGAUUA